AUGGAGGGCCUCCUGCCGACCUCAGCCUGGACACUUUCUUGCAAGAGGCCGCAGGUCUGGGAGUCUUCUGCGGGGCGCUGCGGAAAGUUCAGGUGGAAGCAGCGGCGCUGUUGGGUUGGGAGCCAGCUUGCUUGGCCUACACCUGGACACCGUGGGCAUCUUGCCAUACUGGAAAGGUGUGCGACAAGCCGUGGCAUGCUGUGGCCUGUACCUGCUGGGAUGCUGGCCAUGCGGCGCCUUCCUCGUGCCCCGCUAACAAGCGCCGAGGACUUCAUUGACCAGGUGAUCGCGCUGCAGAGGUCCUGGAUGGCUCUGGAGCCCAUCUUCGCCUCCGACGAUAUCAAGCGCCAGCUGCCUCAGGAGUCCGAAUCCUUCGCCCGCAUCGACAGCAACUUCCGGAUGCGCAUGGCACGGGUGGACUCCAACAAGAACUGCAUUGCUAUCUCGAAGAUCGAGAACAUUGUGGAAGACAUGACGGAGGCCAACACCACCAUCGAGAAGGUGCAGAAGGGCCUCAAGGAUUACUUGGAGACCAAGAGGCUUUACUUCCCACGCUUCUUCUUCCUGAACGACGCAGACCUUCUGUCUAUCCUGGCCGAGACCAAGGAUCCCACGCUGGUGCAGCCCCACUUGAACAAGGCCUUCGAGGGAAUCGCCAAGGUUCGCUUCGACUCCAAGUGCGCUGGUACCAAGAUGCAGGCGGCGCCGAAGCUGCUUUGUCUCCGUUGCCCGGCGCGAGUGGCUGAGCAGUGUGCGGGGCCGGCGGCUCCGUGUGUCCCAGGUGCUUCACAAGCGGCCCAGCGCGGGUUCUCCGGCCUGCACCUUCUCAAGGACUUGGCCAAGCAUGCUGGCGUGGCAGAAGUGGCAAGUUGA